AGUGCUUGUUCGCGAAAUUUGUCGACAACUUUUGGGAAAAUAUUUUAAAAGUUAUUGAGUGGUCUCUUAGCUGAGAUUUCAUAUUUUCUCGUAACUUUAUGUCGUAAAUUAUUGUAAGAUCUUAAUACGCUGUUUAGAAAAAAGUACACUUCACAACUACGUUGUUAGCGAAAAUUACAAAAAAAAAAAACAGUUUAAAACUGACAUAACGAGGUUUAGUUCACCGAGCCAUUUUGAAUUACGACUAAUUUUGGUCACUGGUUGUCGGCGAUAAUUUAAAAAAAUAACAAAAUAAUUCCUGGCUGAUUAUUUCGAAAUAAUUAUCACGCUAAGAAAAAAAGUAACACGAUUCCUGGCUGGUUGUUGUCACGCGAAGAAAAAAAGAAGAAAUAAACCGAAGGUGGAUUGUAUCUAUUGGAACUUAUUGACAAUAUCGCCGAGUUCGAAGGAAUUCCUGUGCGAACUGGACGUGGAAGCCGACAAAAUUGCUCCGUUAACGGAUAACGUUUCGGAGUACGGGGGCGGGGCACGAGUGGUGUGGGCCAUGUCGGCGGGCGACCGGGAGGCGGAGGCGCAGGCCAAGAAGAGCGAUGAGACGAGCAGCAACAGGGACAAUCGCGCCGCCGCCGCGCUGAAGCAGUACUGGUGUCUCGGGCUCAGGGUGAUUGAGCUGAUCAUUGCCAUCAUCGCCAUCGGGCUGAUCGUGAACCCGCUGUACUCCCAGCAUGUGGUGCAGUCCGACCUCCGACACAUCGCCCUCAUCUACUCGGCAUACUCCAGCUUCAUUAUCAUCACGGGAGUGCUGAUCGUGGCGCGGCUUUUUGGCGAAUCAGCUGGAUGGCGCACCUCUAUGGGUUUCUCGAUCUUAGGCGCCAUUAUGUUCACCGCCGCGGCUGCUGUUAUAUUUUAUGACUGGCACCGAUCCUACUACGCGAACUUGCGUCCGAACAAACAAGCAUACGACCUUCUCAUAUCUUCUGGAGUGUUUGCGGUCAUCGAAGUGGCAGUAUUUAUCAUCCACGCCUUCCUUACUUUCAGAAAAGAAGCCGAUUAUUAAGCAAAGCAAGUACCAUGCAAAACACUCACCGAUUUUUUUCUUUUUUAUUUUUUUUUAUUCCCUAUUCAUUGACGUUUAAUACCAUCCAGAGUAAUUCAUUCCGACAUUUUUCUUAAAAUAUAAACUUUGUACGUAAUCGAAGAAGACAUAGGUUAAGUAUUUCAUUUUCAUUUAGGUAAUUGUCUAUUAUGUUAAUAAAGUAGUACGUAAGUUUUUUUACUAUUGUAUUACUAAUGCUUUUGUAUGUAUAUUUGAAAGAGUUGUCCACUUGUGUAGCUAUAAUAUGUAAAAUUAAGAUGGUGCCCUACGUAGUAGCUAGAUUUAAAAAUGGAACGCAGCUAUUAUUUUGUACACUCUGUGGCAACUAUAUUUCGUUUAAUUGUUUAUGGCAACUGUAUAAGAGCAGCUAUUUUGCGAACGACAAAAUUCAAGGCGGCACAUUAAGGCAGCUUUACCUAAAUUGGUAGCUAUUUUUACUAAUAAAAUUAUAAGAUUUGUAAAGUCUAAUGAUUGAAUAUUCGUGAUGAUUUCGCAGCUAUUGUUCGUUAUUGUUAUAAGGCAGCUAUAUAAUUUUUGAGCAGUCAUGGUGUUGCUACAAAAAGCAGCUAUUUUUGCGAAAUAAAGCAUGUGGUUUCUAUAUGCAAUAUUCUAACACAUGAUUUGGCAGCUAUAUUUUUGUUGUAAGGCAACUAUUUAUUACUUUUGUAUUUAAAAUACAUCUUUUAUACAAGCAGCUAUUUUUAGUUAAUUAACUUAUUCGUGUGAUCUUUAAAUUAAUUAUUAUGGUAAUUACCGCGUGAUUCGGUAGCAAAUUUUUUAAGCAGCUAUUUAUUAUAUCUUGAGCAUUCUAGGCAGCUUUUGCAAGUCAAGUUGAUAGAAGCAGAUACUUCGCGUUAAUAAUCACGUGGUUUCUAAAUUGCAUAAAGCAGCGUAUGAUGCAGCAUUUUUAUUAGAGCAGCUAUUAUUUUUUUAUAUCUACGACAGCUUUUCAUAACUUGGAAGAAAAAGCAGCUAUUUUUAACCGAUUCAUUUAAUCCAUAAAUUUAAUAUUUGAGUACAUGAUGACAUGGCAGCUAUAUUUUUACGCCCUUAUUCAUAGACGUUUUU